CUCACUUCCCCCCACACCCUUCAGUGAGCAACGAGGUCUGCAGAGACUGAUGACGCCCUUGAGGAGUUCAAGACGAGAAGCACUGAGAGCGCGAGCAGGAGACAAUGCGAUGGCAGAGUGAUUCUCAGGUUCUGUGAGACAGAACGAGCAUCUGCCGUUUUACAGCAGACGUGGUGUGAACAGUCAGCUAGCCAAUGCUAGUAACUCUGCACCCUGUGAUAUCACCUACAGCAGAAGUCCGUCUCCUGUUCCACUGACCUCCCAGUGGGGGGUUCCGGUCCGGUAGUGGGCCUGUCUUAAUUAGGCUCCCGGCUCUAGCAGCCCCAUCAUUUACCAGCAAUGUGCAUGCAUCAGCUGGAGCCACAGCAGAGAAAAGGGUCAAAGUGAGAACCUGGCGCAGGACCACCAGAAAGCUGCGGCCCAAAAACACCAGAUGAAGGAUGGGAAGCAGUUUGAACAAAGUUGAGCUUCUCCUUCAGGAUCUUCUGUAAAGAUGCCGACCACCAACAGAAUCAUCUCUGAAACCCAAAACUCAGAUAAAGUUUCUUCAGCAAAGAAAUCCAAAGCUGGAAACACACCUACAGCAAAGGUUCCCGACUACGAGCCAAAUAUUCCAGAGCCAAAAUGUCGAGCUGAUCUUAUGAAACACUGGGUUAACCUGACUUUGGAUGACAGAACAGCCAAUAAGAUGCUGUGGAUCACUGAUGGCGGCGCUAAAGUCGCCCGUAUGACUGAUGACGUCACAUGUCCCGUAUUAGACAGACCAGAGCGAUACGAGUACACCCCACAGGUUCUCUGCAGGGAAGGCAUCGGGGGUUUCCGAGGCUACUGGGAGGUGCGGUCGUCUGGAUGGGUCGUGAUCGGAGUUGCGUUUGAACGAGCGGGACGGAGGAACAGCGAAGGGCCCUGCGGCUUUGGAGAGAACCACGAAUCCUGGGGCCUGGAGUGGAGCGGCUCCGGCUACCAAGUCUGGCACCAGGGCCAGAAGGAAGAGAUCAACGGGAUUCCCCAUCACGCCACCAUUGGUGUGUACGCUGACCAGCCUGCUGGUUUACUGAGCUUCUACGCUGUUGAAGAGGAAGAGGAGGAAGAGGAAGGCACAGUCAGAAAGGAGGUGAAACUUUUGCACCAGGUCAGGAGCUGCUUCCAGCAGAAGCUGCUGCCAGGAUUCUGGGUGGGGACAAACUCCUACUGCCUGAUCCUACAGAAGGAGGAGUAGAUCAGAAAAUCAGAUCUAACAGGGAAUAGAGACGAAUACAGGACAAGUAAGAGCUGCUGCAUGAAUCUUAUGCAAAUUAUUCUUCUUUUUAAAAAGCUUAACCUUGAAAUUAGAUUUGUUGAAAUCAAGUGUAGCAAACUAAAUAUACUCAGUGGAGCCCCAUCUAUUUAUGGUUCAAUAUUCAUAGAUUUACUUUUUUUUUUUUUUUUUUUUGCAGAUUUGUCCUUGUAAAGCAAGUCCAAAAUUCACUUUCUUUAUCAUAGAGUUGAAAAAAAUCUGCUUGGGAAAACCAGGGGUCUGCUGUACAUAUAUUAUUGCCAAUUCAUAGAGAAUAUAUUUGGUUUAUGCCUCCAGUUAAAUGUAUUUUAAAUACUGGUAAAAUGAAAAAGUGAACUUAAGUAGCGACUUUGUAAAGACUGCAGAGUGAGUUUAAUUUUUUUAUUUAGUAAGAAUCUCUGAAAGUUAGAAAAAAAAUCUUUUAUUGUUGUUUUUAUUGAUACUGCAGGGAGUUUAGUCACAUAAAGUCAAAGCCUUUUAUAGAAUAGUAGACGUGUUGGUUGCACCUCGGCCGAAUCUUUAAAAACAGAAGCAUAGGGAGCUACAUAAAAUAAUACACUAAGAAACCUACAGGAGUAUUUUUUAACCACUCUAUGUUAGCACCAAUGUUUUGUAUCAUAUAAUUGUGUGUUUUUUCCAGUGUUGUUCGAAUGUAUACAGCGGUUAUGUUGAGAACGCUAGGCAAAUGUUUAAAUAAAUU